AUGUAUUCCCUCAGCAAAGACAUGACAGAAAUCCGGUGGCAGCCAACUUCAAAGAAACCAAACAAAGCAAAAAUUCCAAUCAGUUGUAUGAAGGAAGUGCGGUUGGGAAUGACAACUGAAGCACUACGGAAUCGGGAGAUCAUGGAAUUCUAUGCAGAGGAGUGUGCCUUCUCUAUUAUAUUUGGGGAUAACUUUGAGACUAUGGAUCUCAUUGCAACAUCAGCUGAUGAAGCUAAUAUCUGGGUAACUGGAUUAACUUGUCUCAUGAAUGCAAAUGCCAGUUCCAAGGGCUGCAAAUCUCCUGAAACCCUGGAUGAACUACACCAAAUGAGAGAUUCAUAUCCUUUUUCUACUCUUUUGUAUUUUGAGCCUCACUUUCAAAUCAAAGACCAAUCAGCCCAAAUUCUCAUACUCCUUCCCCCAGUCUGCCCAAGUUGUCAUUGUCCUCCUUCUUUCUCUGUCCCAGUUAUCAUUGUCCUCUCUCUGUGCCUGCUCCAGUCAUCAUUGUCCUCCUCCCAUGUCUGCCCCAGUCGUUGUCGUCCUCCUCCCCCUGUCUGCCCCAGUCGUUGUCGUCCUCCUCCCCUGUCUGCCCCCAGUCGUCGUCGUCCUCCCCCCCCUGUCUGCCCCAGUCGUCGUCGUCCUCCUCCCCCUGUCUGCCCCAGUCGUCGUCGUCCUCCUCCCCCUGUCUGCCCCAGUCGUCGUCGUCCUCCUCCCCCUGUCUGCCCCAGUCGUCGUCGUCCUCCUCCCCUGUCUGCCCCAGUCAUCGUCGUCCUCCUCCCCCUGUCUGCCCCAGUCGUCGUCGUCCUCUUCCCCUGUCUGCCCCAGUCGUUGUCGUCGUUCUUCCCCUGUCUGCCCCAGUCGUUGUCGUCGUUCUCCCCUCUCUGCCCCAGUCGUUGUCGUCGUCCUCCCCCUGUCUGCCCCAGUCGUUGUCGUCGUCCUCCCCCUGUCUGCCCCAGUCGUUGUCGUCGUCCUCCCCCUGUCUGCCCCAGUCGUUGUCGUCGUCCUCCCCCCCUGUCUGCCCCAGUCGUUGUCGUCCUCCUCCCCCCUGUCUGCCCCAGUCGUUGUCGUCGUCCUCCCCCCCUGUCUGCCCCAGCCGUUGCCGUCAUCCUCCCCUCUGUCUGCCCCUGCCGUUGUCGUCGAUCUCCCCCUCUGUCUGUUCCAGUCGUUGUCGUCAAUCUCCCCCUCUGUCUGCCCCAGUCAUUGUCGUAG